CCGGGACAUCGCUUAUUGUUAAAAGGGGACUUUUAGUUGUUUUACAAUGCCUGCGAACAAGAAAAUGCUGUACGUUGGUGGGUUAGCUGAGGAAGUCGAUGAGAAGGUCCUCAAUGCGGCUUUUAUUCCAUUUGGCGACAUUCUGGACAUCCAACUGCCUCUCGACUUUGCGACACAGAAACAUCGCGGUUUUGCAUUUGUUGAGUUCGAGAGUGCAGAGGAUGCAGCAGCUGCUAUGGACAACAUGAAUGAUGCCGAUUUGUUUGGUCGGACGAUAAAGGUGAACAUUGCUCGACCAGCGAAGGUCAAGGAAGGUUCAAGUAAAGCCGUUUGGGCGGAUGAUGAUUGGCUGAAAAAGCAUGCAGGUGCUACACUAGAAGUCACCGAAGAUGGAGUUAGUCAGGCAAAUGGAGGCGAUGGUCAAACAGAAGAAGACACAGCAACUGGUGAGCCACCUGCAAAGAAAUCGAAGUUUAAUCCGAAGGUUUUCAUGGAGAUUUCGAUUGGAAAUCAACCGGCUGGGAAGAUUGUGAUACUGCUUAGACAAGAUGUGGUACCAAGAACGGCAGAGAACUUCCGAGCACUUUGUUGUCAUGAGAAAGGGUUUGGCUACAAAGGCAGUGUCUUCCACAGGAUCAUCCCUCAAUUUAUGUGUCAAGGUGGUGACUUCACCAACAACAACGGCACAGGAGGCAAGUCAGUCUAUGGUGUGAAGUUUGAUGAUGAAAAUUUUAUAUUGAAACAUACGGGAGCUGGUACAGUGUCGAUGGCUAAUUCGGGUCCAAACACUAACGGGUCACAAUUUUUUCUUUGUACAGAGAAAACAGAUUGGCUUGAUGACAAACAUGUUGUAUUUGGUCAAGUAGUAGAAGGACUUGAUGUCAUGAGGAAAAUGGAAAUGGUUGGUACACAAGCUGGAAAGACGAGUCGAAGAGUAACCAUUACAGACUGUGGUGAGGUGUAGGCAACUACGAAGCAAUAAUGUAGCAACUUGGUAAUAAGUACGAUUUGCUGUGUGACUAAACUCUAAUACAGCAAACAAGCAAUGUACCACUCAUCUAUACGUACAGCUACUGUACGAUGGUAUAUAAUUGUAAUUCUUGAAUAAAACAACAUUUGACAUUAUAAAUGGUAUUUUUACUAUCUUAGUCUACAUCGUCAUGAGCAGUGUUACGAUUGGUAUUUACAGGUCAUAAAGUUUGUUUUUUCUU